AUGGAGCGUUUAUUGCAUGAAAUUCUGAUAAAUCCCACAAGUCCAUCAAUUGGCUUGAUCGAACAGCACCUCAACCAGCCUGAUGGCCAGGACAAAUUCAUGGCAUUAUUAAAGAGUGGAAACGAAAUAGCAUUUACAUACAUGAAGAUGAAGUGCAAGGAAUGGUGUAAUAUUCCUGAAAGGGUUGUGAUGAUGCAUAGCAUGAAAAAUGAGCUUUUUUCUUUGAUAUUCGAGAGCUCAGAGUUAAACUUUGGAAUCCUCUGCUUCUUCUUUGAGACACUUUACUUCCAGGGUGCUGAAUGGAAUGGGCUUGUUCAGGAGCUGUGUGCAAGACAUGACCGAAGGUGCCUUAAGAUUCUGAAUCACAUGUUCAACAAAUACAGAACAUGUACACAGAGCAAUGAACUGUAUACAGAGAUAAUUGAGAAUAUAGAGCUAUGUCGUGCAAUAUUCAGCAAGGCAUACUUCGAGAGCAUCUCUGAGGAUGAGAAUGUGCUUGGAAUGUUUUACUCACUAAUAUUCCAGGAUAUUCACCCGUUUUUUGAAGAUAAUGCAGAUAAGUUCAUGGCAUCUUUUUGUGCAUUAUUUCGCAAGCAUAUUCUUCAGAAGGAAAUUUGUGAGAUAUUCAACCUUUUUGUGACGAAAUAUGCAGAAUGCAUAGACAUGACCAGGAUUCUUGGCGUGUUGCUUGUGACGAUUACGCGCUUUGAUCGAUUGAAGUAUUCAGUUCUUCUGAACAUUGCAAAGAGGAAGGAAUUCUCAGUUCUAUCAAAGUUUUCUGAUGCACUUUGUAAUGCAGUGAAGAUAGGAGCAUAUCUGUCACCUAAGGAGAUUGAAGAGAUGAAUGAGGAUGCGCUGUUGUACACAAGAAACCUUCUGAAGGGAUAUGACAUGAAUAGAGAAAUGGUGAUUGAGCUAAUUGGACAUCUGAGGAAGGUAUUUGGUGAGUGUUGGUGUGAGUCCUUGGUUUCAGUUGAUGUUACAGGCCCUAUGGAUGAAGAAAGACUGGUGUUUUUGUGCAUGGGACUUAGGAUGUGCUCUAGAGAGGUAAUUGAUAGAUGUAUUGUGAUAAUCAGCACGAGUAGUGUUCCACCGUAUCUGGGUGCCAUAGCAUUUAGGUAUUUACUGAUGGUUCAGGAAUAUUCAUCUGUUGAUCCAAGAUACAUAAGCAGAAUGCAUCCAGCAUCAUUCUUGGCGAUUGAGUAUUUGAGCAGGAUGAUUGAUGCGGAUGAAUUUUUAAGGAGCCUUGAUACAUACUCGAAAGAGCAUAUCUCUUCAGGUUAUGGAGCAUGUGAAAGACUUGGAGGCACAGAGUACUACAAAGCAAUACUGGAUAAACUGAUUGAGUUUAUUAGUGGAGGAGCUGAGGAUGAAAUAUCAUGCAAGUUGAUUCAUAGAAUUGCAAGAAUGAAUAUUUCCUUGAUUACGCCGGAGGCGAUGAAGUUUGUGGAUGAUCUUAUUGAAAGGAGUAUCCUGAGCAUUAAUUCACCUCAGGGAUACUGGUAUCUGCUCGAUGUAAAAGGCAUAGCGCUCAUGAGAUAUGGCGAUGAUGGAUCUGUAACUGAGAUUGUACAGCGGGUACUGAGUGAGGAAAUAUUUGAGAUUUAUGCGCCAUCAUUUUUUCUACUUGGGGUUCUUGUUUGCCAGUCUCCGAGUGACUUUUCGUCUGUUGUGGAGAUAAUAAAGCAGGAAAGCUUAUGGAAGACUAAGGAGCUUGUUCUAAGUAUGGUGUGCCUAACAAUAUGUCUUUUUGAAAGAGGAUACUGUAGUAAGGAGCAGGUAAGAUACAUAGUAGAAUAUUUACUGGAAACCAAUGCACAUCAAGCAUAUGUGCUGCUGUGUGGCACGAUAGUUGGAGAGGAGCAUCUUAUGUGGAUCAAGGGAGAGAAUGUGGAUGAGGAGUUUGUGCUUGCAACCCUACUGAGUAAGAAGGGAGUCAUGACGAUUGAUAUGUACCGAGAUGUGUAUAUCAGGAGUGUGAAGUAUUUUGAAGAGAACUUCGUAUCAAAACAAAAUGCAAGAAGAGUAUUGAUGGGACUAAGGUAUGGGAAGGAUAUGCUGAGAGAAGAUGAGAGUGCAAGAUGUAUUAUUGAGAAGAAUAAGCGCAAUCUUGGAUAUGAGAAUGUUCCUUUCAGUACGAUGAUUACAUUUGGCAUUUAG